CUCUUCCAACGGGAUAGCAGACAGCGCAAAACAUGGCCGACGGAAGGUUGAGUGGUGCACUGCUUCUGUCAUCUACCCGGUAGAACGGCUGUAAAAUUCAGACUUUAACAUAGUUGAAUAUACAUACGUUUUAUAUGAGACUGUAGCAGUAGUAUGUGUUUCACACAAUAUUAAGGGCAUGGUCACUGAGGCUUUUCUACCGUGAUCUGCUAACAUCAAUACCACGAUGGAGAAGAAUGUGCUCAAUGGAGGCACAUACACCUAUGAUGAUUAUGGGUCAGUCAACAACGAUGACAAAACUGUGCUUUAUGAAGAUCAAAGUUCAGAUGAUGGUGGGAUCGAAAUUGGAACUCGUCCAUAUUCCCCGGGGGAUGACCGUGGCUGCUUCUUCAAGGACGGCUUAAGACGGAUAGACUUUAUACUGGUGUAUGAGGAGGAAGUGGAGAAGAAGGUGAAGAGCAACAGUGUUGAGAUCGAAAAAGUGGAGAAAUGGCGCAGCAAGUUUAUCAAAAACAUCCGCAAAACAGGACUCGAAACCGAGGAGGAGCGUGUACAGAGUGCAAAAAAGAUAACCACCUUUAUCAAGCUGCAUGCUCCAUGGGAUGUCUGCUGUUUCUAUGCAGAAGAUCUGUGUAUGAGGGCCCCCUUACAGGCCCACCCCAACCCGUCAGAUAACUGGUCAGAUAAGGUGCUCACCACACUGAAGAUUCCAAACAUGAUGAGUGCACAUGUACCAAAUGCUCCUCUUGAUUACUACACCUGUGUGUUCAAAAAGUCUAAGCUUGACAGGUUUUUGGGGAGUGAUAACCAGGACACAUACUUUUCAAACACUCAGAGGACCCGAGUAGUCAAUGAGGUCCUGGGUCGAACAGCAUACGGCAAGCGGAAGCGGGCAGAAAUUGGAAUAGACCGACUUUUGGAAGAAGAUGUGUUCAAGGCAGCCUACCCUCUCCAUGAUGGACCGUUUGAAGUACCCAAACACUUUGUUUCAACUGAAUCUCUGAGUGCACGACAGGUGUUGUAUCAUUACUGGGCCCGCUGGGGUGUGUGGUACAAGUACCAGCCUCUAGACCACAUCCGCGAGUACUUUGGAGAGAAGAUCGGCAUUUACUUCGCUUGGCUAGGGUUCUAUACAGCCUGGCUACUGCCUGCCGCCGUGGUAGGGGUUAUUGUUUUCCUGUAUGGUAUCAUCACCUGGUCUGGUAAUACUCCAGCUAAUGAGGUUUGCGAGAGUGGUGAAAAGUAUAAGAUGUGUCCGCUAUGUGAUGAAGAUAUUGGCUGUGCCUACUGGUUUCUGUCGGACGUCUGUAUCUACACUAAAAUUGCUUAUCUAUUUGAUCACCCUGCCACUGUCCUAUAUGCUGUCUUUGUGUCAUUCUGGGCGGUAACAUUCCUGGAGUACUGGAAGAGGAAGAACGCUUCACUGGCACACCACUGGGAUGUAAUGGAUUUCGAGGAAGAAGAGGAACGUCCUCGUCCGGAGUAUACAGCCAAAGCUACAAAAUAUGAGAAAAAUCCUAUCACUGGAGUACGGGAGCCUCAUUUCCCCCAGCGUGACCGUAUCCCUCGUAUCUUGUCGGGUAUAGCUGCCAUAGUAAUCAUGAUGGCGCUGGUGUUGAUCUUCAUCGUGGCUGUGAUAAUGUACCGAGUGCUGAUCAGCAUCCCGCUAUUCCAGAGUCAAACCCUACGCCCAAAAGCUGCUCUUAUUGCCAGCUCCACAUCUGCUGUGGUCAAUCUUAUCCUUAUCAUGGCGCUCGGCAAAGUGUAUGAAAAACUGGCCCUCAAACUCACUCAGUGGGAAAUGCACAGAACACAGACGGAGUAUGAAGACCAACUCAUAUUCAAGGUGUUCAUUUUCCAGUUUGUCAACUUCUACUCCUCUAUAAUUUACAUUGCUUUCUUCAAAGGAAGGUUUGUGGGAUACCCAGGCCAUUAUGAUAGGAUGUUUGGUUUACGCAACGAAGAGUGUAACAAUGGAGGCUGUCUGAUGGAACUCGCCCAGCAACUAGCUGUCAUCAUGAUAGGGAAACAAGUCAUUAACAAUGCACAGGAAAUACUUGUACCAAAAUUAAAAUUAUUCAUCCAUCGUUUAAAAGUGAAUCUUGACAAAAAUAUGGUGAGGACACGUUGGGAGGAAGAUUAUGAACUACUGGACAAUGAAGGACUUUUUGAAGAGUACCUAGAAAUGGUGCUACAGUUUGGGUUCAUCACAAUAUUUGUGGCAGCAUUCCCACUGGCUCCACUGUUCGCCCUCUUGAACAACUGGGUGGAGAUUCGCUUGGAUGCCCAGAAGUUUGUGUGCGAGACGCGACGACCCGUUGCUGAUCGUGCCCAGGACAUAGGUGUCUGGUUCUCGAUACUUGACGCUCUUGCCCAGCUAGCUGUCAUCAGUAAUGCUUUUCUCAUUGCGUUUACAUCAGAAUUUCUACCCCGCCUGUUGUACCAGUACCACUAUGACUGGGACUUAAAGGGUUACACAGAAUUCUCUUUGUCUAAAAGUCCCAAUGGCACUCUCAAUCAGACAUGUCUAUACCGAGACUUAAGAGAUGGCCAUGGAAACCACACACUGUUUUAUUGGAACCUGUUGGCUCUUCGCCUGGGAUUUGUCAUCCUGUUUGAGCAUUUUGUGUUUGGUGUGUGCCGACUGAUCGACAUUCUUGUUCCUGAUGUCCCGGAGGCUCUAGAAUUGAAAAUCAAGAGGGAGCGUUACCUCGCCAAACAGGCUUUGGCCGACACAGAUGCCAUCAUGCAGAAUGUUCGUGCUGAUGAUGAUGAUGAGGAAGACAUUGCCAAAGGAGAUGACGAUGAUGCCAUUGGAAAUGAGGAAGUGAUAGUAAAAAUAGACAAAGGAGACAGUUCCUAGCUGUAGAUCAAAAUAGAGAACGAUGAACAGAAUGUUCAACCUGUUUUUGCUUCACUGAUGGAUCUAAGGGGAUCCAAUAUGUUAUUCUGAGGUCAGACAGCUCUCACAAUACAACAACCAAGGCUAUCAAAAUUUUUCAGAUGGGUCACAACCACUGGUGGCACCUUCAAUGUAAAAUGGGAUCCAGGAUUUUGAACAUCAAUACAUCAAAUGAUUUUGGAUAGGGGACUACAAUUGUUAUAUGAGAGUAGAAUGGAGUCGAUAAAAUUACCAUUUGUUGAAAACUAUCUUAAAUGAAAAUUGUUAAAUUAUAUUAAUCUUUUUUUCCUGCCUCUGUCCUAAAUUCUUUUAAUUCCCCUUAGAUUUCACCAUGUCAGCGUACGUGUAGAGUAUACUGUUUGAAAUGUCUUUUUUUUCAUAUUUCUUUCCAACUACAAUUUUUAUCUCAAUCUUAUCGUAUAUUAUGGUGAUUCUAAUGAGUAAUGCACUAAGUGUGUCAUUGCUCGUUCUUCUAUCUGUGAUCGUUUCAAAUGUCUUCAUGGUUGUGAAAUUCAUACCUUCUAGCUGUUGUCUUCACCAAAUAUUCUUCCACAUUCAUUAGUCUGUGAUUAGUUGAAUCAUUUUCCAUGACUAUGCCUUGGCUCCCAUUGGCCAAAUCACUCAUUACCCUUAUCUUGGCUCAAUCUUAUUGGCCAAUUCAUUAUUAUCAUCAUCAAACAUCCCUGACAUCUGAUUGGCCUAACCUCUCUCUAUUAUGAAAUUGUCUUUCAUGUACCAUGAUUGGAUCUCAACUAUAUAGUGCUGGUAUAAUUUAUUGUUGAAGAUUUCAAAAAAUUCUUUUCAGUUUUUACCAAAAUACCAUGGGAAGCAUUCUUUGUGAUAAAAUUGCUUAACAUUCCCUUGUUAGUAAAAAUGGAAAGCAUUCUUUGUGAAAAAAUUGCAUUCCAUUGUUUAUAAAAUAUGAGUCAAAUCAUGAUUAUGUCAUUCCCAAACACACUCAUUUCAUAUAAAUGUAGCAUAAAUCCCUAUGUCAUUCUAUCUUUAAACUUGUUUAAUUGACAAUUAUGGAUUAUAUUAUGUUAAAAUCAAGUUUCUGUUCAAGUAAAGAAUUUUUUGCAUUAUCUUAAUCUCUAGAAUAAAAUUUUGAUAUGGGGAAAUAGCCCUCAAGUAUUGGUUAUAGAAUGUGUUCUUCUGUAGAGUAGAAUUACCUCCCUUGUGGAGUACAGUUAUUAUGGAUGAAUAUAAUAUCAAAGUGCAAUGUCUUACCUAUACAAGAAUCCUACACCUGCAAUGUGAAUCAAUACAACUCAAAUGUGAAUCAUGUACCUGCAAUAUGAAUCAUAUAUUUUUGCAAUGUGAAUCAUCAUAAACUUCUGCAAUUUUUUUAUUCAUAAACCAGCAAUUUGAAUCAUGUACCUGUAAUAUGAUUGUAAUGUAAAAAAAAAAUCCCCAUAAUAAUACACCUUGCAGUAAUGUGAAACCUUAUCAUUUAAAAGGCAUUUCAGAAAUGUUUAGGUUUAAUCCCAAAGUUCCCGAAAGUAAUUCGAAAGUUGAUCCAGGUAUCUGAGGAUCAUUUAAAAACUUGAAGGUUAAUUCGUAAACCCAAUGGUUAAUCAAGGAGCUUGAAUUUACCAUCAAGCUUGAAAAAAAUUAGUACUUUUCAUUGAGGAGUGUUAUGUGAUCUGUAAACAAAUCAAGUGUCUUGACUUGCGAGGUUCUGCAGGAGGCAGAAUACACUGCUGUGUAAACUGGAAGGGUGGUGAAAGUAAUCAAGGUAAAGGGAAGAUUAUAAAUCUUUAUCUCAUAAUUCACUUUUGCUGUAUUUAUUGUCUAUUUUUGUCUUAAAAUACACAUUCCUGUUUAUUUUUUUUGGAGAGAUUGACCACUUAAGUGAUCAUGAUAUGAAUUAGCAUAUAUUGUAUGUGUAAAUUAAUAGAUUCAAUUUUUUUCUAUCUAUUUUUAAAUUCAUAUUUCUUGUUAUUUAUGAAAAGGGGUGCAAUUACUUGUGUUAAUGUUGAUAGAUGUACCGAUACAAUGCCUGCAUUUUAUGCAGGGAGACCAUGACACUUGUCAUGAUCACGAAAUGAAUAGGCUGUGCAAAUUGCCACAAGGAUGAAAAGGAUAGCACUGUGGUGCAUUUUAUUACUUUUUUACCUAUUAAUACUCUUCUGUAUUAUGAAGCAUGUUGUUGACUUUUUGAAAAAAUAUCUUUGUUACAUUUUGUAUUGAUAAGUGUUUCUCCUAUAUAAAGUGUUUCUCCUAUACAGUUAGGUCUCUAUAAACAGAGCUCAGACCACCAACUUGAUGAUAUGCAUUAUCAAACUAUGGCAAGGAAAGUAGAUCGAGUAUAGUUCUCAGACUGUGUGACCAAUCAUAGUCGAGUUCUCAGAAUGUGUAACCAAUCAUAGCACAGUUCUCAGAAUCUGUGACCAAUCAUAGCAGUUCUCAGAACGUGUGACCAAUCAUAACACAGUUCUUUGAUUGUGUGACCAAUCAGUUUUGUUUUUUUUAUUUAGUAAUGAAUGUUGCUUUUUCUGUGUUAUAACUCUCUCUUAAAUAAAUAAGUUCCAUCCUGUUAUACCAGUAAGAGAUUAUCCUAUUUAUGGUAAUUUUUAUUCUAGUUUUUUUUGGACCUAUGAUUCUAUCACAUUAGAGAGAAUCUCUUUGGAAAUCUGAUGGUACAGCGCAGUGAAAAGCACAUUUUGUAAAUGUAGCAGAAAGUCAUUAAAUAAUUUAUCAUGUCACUUUAAUGAUAUACUUUUCUAGUCUAUAGUUACAUAUUGUAUAUCAGGUAUUUCAAUAAUGGAAGUAUUAAUUACUGUAAACUAAUGGUCAGAUAACAAAUUGGCCUACUCUAUUUUUAGCUCACGGGGACGAAGCCUGCAGGAGCAAUUGCUAUACCCGCAGAGUCGGUGUCCAUAGACAUCUAGGUUAAAGUUACUGUUUUGUUUCAAUACUAAUGAGGAUACUGCUUAGGAUUUUAACAUGUUUGUUCCGUGUGGCAAGACCUUUCCAUUGGUACUACAUUUGUGGACAUGCUGACGUUGCUUGUGACCUUUGAACUACUUUUUAAACCCACUCAGCGAGCUAUGUUGUCUUCUCACAACUCUUGUUGACAGUAUGAUUAUAACAUACAGCAAUGAUUAUAAUUAUGUACAAAAACAACAGAUAUAAACAGUUUCUUCAGUGUCUUAAAUAGGUUCACGAAGAAGUCCAUGUAACAAAUUUAUAGAAUUUGAAUACUGACUGAUUUACUCGAUUAAUGAAAGAUAUAUAAACAAAUUAAAAAAAAACUACUUAAAACUCAAAUACUUUGAAUUUCAUUCUGCCAAUUUUGGUUCAAGUAUGUCAAGAUUUGACACUAUUUAAUACUGUAUCAUGUCACCAAAACUACCGAGAUAAGAGGCCAUAUUGUAACAAUGACACAGGCUUUAGACAAAUUGAAAUUAUUUUAAGAAAUAUAGCAACAUGAAAAUUAACCGUGACAUAAGUUACGAUUUUUGAUAUGAUUGUAUAUGUUGGUAGUCUGGGAUUUUUUUCGGGAGAAAAAGAAGGGAGAAUUAGAGGAUGAUGGAGGAGUUAAGAGGGAGUGAGAAAAACAGUCAGUAGUUGAUGUUUUGUUCAGUCAAUAAAACUACAUAUUCCAGAUGUACAGUAAAUAAUAAACCAUGACUAUCACAAUGCACGAAGUAUCCCAAUCUUAGCACAUGUACAUAUGAAUAUAUAGUAAAUAGUUAUGAUAUAGCACUAAAAGUACUCCUGGUCCUGUUUCUGACAUCCAUAAUGUCAUAAGUUGUGGGUUAAGUUUUACAUGGGGUUAAUAUUCAAACCUAUAGCAGUGGAGAAUAAGUGUUAACGGUGAUGGACUGUUUUAUGAUAAUCAAGUUCUAUUUCAUUGCCAAUAAACUCCUGACUUAUCCUG